AAAAUACGAGGAAAACAUUCGCCGGUUAAGAUGCGCGUGGGCCCUUUAGUGUCAUGUGGAUUCCCAAACAAACAUGACCUGAUGCAUUGCUAUGCCAAGUUGUUUCAAAAGUCUGUGGCUAUAAGUGUAUAGGACGAAUUGUUUAUUUAAAUAAAUUAGAUAACAAUUUACAUGAUUAAGUACAGACUUACAAUAAAAUUAAAACUAAGUAUAUCAACCUACUUGUAAUUUGUGUGUUGCAAAAAAGUUCGCUGUGUCUAAAACUGUUUUAUUAUCGAAUUUACUUAACUGACUGGAGAUGGGGCGGCCGUGCACAAAAUGUCCGUCGACGACGGUCCAGAGCUGCUGUGGUCUUCGGAACCUGAGGGCAGCCAGCUUAUUGAUAGGAUUUUUUAAAGUGUUGCUCUUCCUCGCAGCAAUAAUAGGCUUCGUGUCAAUAAUGAGUGGCUACCACACAGGGGCAGCCAAUGAGAAGGAGAUAGCCCAGAAACCGACGGGCCAGCUGGUCCUCGCACUACUCAUGUGUAUGGGAUUCAUGUUCCUGUCUGUAGUACUCAUAGCUGGAUUAUUUAAGAAACGUCGGAACUACGUGAUGAUCUACUGGGUGGCAAACUGGGUGUGGAUCGCACUCACACUAAUUGGACUGUUCACCCAAUCGCAGGGGGUGGUACAGUGGAUCAUUGUCUUCUGUUACACUGUGGCGGACAUCUACUUCCAAAUCGUGAUCCGGAGUUACUAUCUCGAGAUGACGGGCGCCGCGGCUACGCCCCCGCACCCGCAGCAAGCCACGCCAGGAAUCGCUAAAUAUUAAAUAGAUACAUAAAAAAAAUUGUUUCUUUGCCAAACAGUGUUACAAGUAUUUUACAUUUGACCACCACACUAGGCUAGGCCUGUCUCGUGGACAUAUUAUCACCAUCCUCCCUGCGUCAUAGCGGCAUUUGCCACUGCUCAUGGGUAGACUAGAAUGUUUUGAACGUUCCCGAAAAUGGUCUCCCAUUUGACGACCGGUCUGGCUGAGUCGGUAGUGACCCUGUCUGCUAAGCCGCGGUCCUGGGUUCGAAUCCCAGUAAGGGCAUUUAUUUGUGUGAUGAGCACAGAUAUUUGUUCCU